AUGUUAAGAUUCUCAAAGGCAAUCGAGAUAUGUCCCAAAUGUAAGGAGACGAAGGAGGACUGUACUGCCCAGCGGAGGAAAUUCAACAAGUCAGAAUUUGGAGUCAACCUUGUUAGUCAUGGACAUUACCAUAAGUGAUACAAGGAGAUCUACUCUUUAGAAACAGACAACUUUACGCCUAGCGAAAGUUUACUCGGAGCCGAUUACAAUGAUCUUCUCUAUGAAGAGGCAAAGGACGAAUCUGAGAUUAAUAAGAAGUACUAUGAUGAAGAAUAUAUAGAACAUACUGAAAGUGAGUAUGAUAGUGAUUCUGAUAAUAUCCCUCAGGUUGCCUCUCAACCUCCUCCAAAGCCUAAAAAGAAGAAAAAAUCUCAACUAUCCCAGAAUCAGGAAGCUUUUUAUGAAGAAGUCUGUUAUGAUGGUCCCUAACUCAUGCUUCACCAAAAAGUUAUCAGAUACUUACUACUUCAAGGCUUGGAACAAAGUCGAAAGAUAUCCUCCACUAGAAGAGGCCCUUGAUGAUCUAAAGACUCUUUUCCACCGCAAUAAAAGCCUUGUUAAGAGCAUCCAGAGAUGUCAUAAGGAAUAUAGAGUUUUCAGCAUUGUGAUCUAAGCAUAAAAGAUUUUAAGUAAGCUGAUUA